AUGGGACUUUCAGACAGCGAGAAGGCCGCCAUCACUUCCCUAUGGGAGAAGAUCGCACCCGAGGCCAAUAAACUGGGGGCCGAGUCAUUGAGCAGGCUUUUCCAGAACCACCCUGAGACAAAGUCGUUCUUCAGCCACCUUGACGUGACUCCUGGUUCUCAAGACCUCUUGACCCACGGUGGAAAAAUUUUCAAUGCUAUUGGAGAAGCCUCCAAAAAUCUAGACAGCCUAUCCAAGUACCAGGACCUCCACACCAACAAGCUCAAGGUCAACCUGGAUCACAUGAAGCUCAUCAAUGUUUGCAUCCAGGAUGUGCUGUCUGCUCACUUCUCCGGAGAUUUUGUCCAAGCCGCCUGGGAAAAAUUUCUUAAGGAGGUUUCCGGCAUCCUGACUUCUAGCUAA